GGGCUCAGCAGAUCCCGGGGGCCUGAAACCAGUAGCGGCGGAGCCUAAGAAGCUAGCGGCCCGGGCCUCGGCGGCCAAAGCAGCUCCGGGGGGGGAGGGGCGCCCAGCGCGCGGGGUGGGGGGGGGGGCCUCGUCUCGGCUUCGCUGGAGGUCCGGUUUCUGCUGCGAACAUGUCCCGGCCCGUCAGAAACAGGAAGGUGGUCGAUUAUUCACAGUUUCAGGAAUCUGAUGAUGCAGAUGAAGAUUAUGGAAGAGAUUCAGCCCCUCCAGCUAAGAAAAUUCGAUCAUCACCUCGAGAGGCUAAAAACAAGAGGCGGUCUGGGAAAAAUUCACAGGAAGAUAGUGAGGAUUCUGAAGAAAAAGAUGUGAAGACCAAGAAAGACGAUUCACACUCACCAGAGGAUAGUGAAGAUGAAAAAGAAGAUCACAAAAAUGUUCGCCAACAGCGUCAGGCAGCAUCCAAAGCAGCUUCCAAACAGAGAGAGAUGCUUAUGGAAGAUGUGGGCAGUGAAGAAGAACAAGAGGAGGAAGAAGAGGCACCAUUCCAAGAGAAAGAUUCCGGCAGUGAUGAAGACUUCCUAAUGGAAGAUGAUGAUGAUAGUGAUUAUGGAAGUUCAAAAAAGAAAAACAAAAAGAUUGUGAAGAAGUCCAAGCCUGAAAGGAAAGAAAAGAAAAUGCCCAAACCUAGGCUAAAGGCUACAGUGACACCAAGUCCAGUGAAAGGCAAAGGAAAAGUGGGCCGUCCCACAGCGUCAAAGGCAUCAAAGGAAAAGACUCCUUCCCCCAAAGAAGAGGACGAGGAGCCAGAAAGUCCCCCAGAAAAGAAAAAGUCUGCCAGCCCUCCACCAGAAAAAUCUGGGGAUGAAGGGUCUGAAGAUGAAGCUCAGUCUGGGGAAGAUUAAAAAGUGAUGGUUUGGGGAGAUUUUAUUUUAAAAAAAAAAAAAAAGAGGAAAAAAAAAAAGAAAAUCUACUUAGGGGUAGAACAUGGUUUUGGCUAUGGCUUGACUCAUGGGCUUUGAAUGCUUUCCCUCUUCCUUACCCUUCCCACCACCACCAUCACAUACACACACACAUACAAAAAAGAAAAUUUUUUUUUUUAAUUUUUUUUCCCCAUUUUUUUUCUAAGAGAAAAUUAUGGCCAUGGGUUGUUUUUUUUUUUAAUUACCUUUAUCAUUGGCUAUUCGCCCUCUUCCAAUCUCCAGUGAAAGCCAUGAUAAAACAUCCAAUGAGUUUACCACCUAACUUUAAAAAACAAAAAAAAUGAAAGGGAUACCUUAGGUGAAGCAAUAAGUUUGAGGUAAACCCUAUUGAAAUUUUAACUUUUCUAAAAGUUAUCAAGAUGAACAGGAAUCCAGAGACAAUAAGAAUUCCAAAUGAAAAUGGUUGUUCCUUAUUUACCUGAAUUAAAAAAAAAAAUCACUGUCAGCAAAGACAAAAGUGUGUACGUUUUGAUUUUUUUUUUUUUUUAUCAUGAAUCUAAACUUCCAUUGACUAGGCAGAAAAGUGAUAAAUGUGAGUUCAGCUCUUACAUUUCCCGUAUUUCUAACCCCAUUUGGGAACAACCAGGCCACAUGACUUUCUGCUGUGGGUUUUUUGUUUUUAUUAUUGUUUUGUUUUGUUGUUUUACUCCUAGUCAUCUCGGGGAGAAUAGGAACAAAAGAAAUCCUUUUCUCCUACUAAGGUCUUAGGGAGUUAAAUGAUGCUCAACCUAAAAAUCAGGGUUCAGUGCAUCAAAAUCUAAGUGACUUUGUUUCAGAUCUGAAUAUCCAUGGUUCCAGUUUUUAAAAUAAGUAUGUAUUCUUUUUCUUGGAAUAAAUUUUACCAAGUAUCAAGAGGGAUUUAGAUUUUUAACAGCAAGAUUGCUGUGCCACAUAAAAAGUGGAUUUCUUCUCAAACUGACAAUGUUUAGGUUUUAAGCCAAUAAAGAACCAGUUAAUGUGAAACUAAAUUUCAGAGAGUUGGGCUUUUUCCUUUAAGAAGUAGAAUUCUGUUAUGGCAUAUCCAUGCGCUCAGAUCCCAUGAGUCAUGCUUUGGUUAAUUCAUAAUGUAAUUUGGGAACAGAAUGUUUUCCUAUCCCACCCUCUUGUUUCUCCCCAGAAAUGUGGUAUAUACAUCUGUGAACUUCCUGCUGCAAUAUGGGACACAGACCCCCUCAUGCCUAUUCUAGGACAUUACCUUUCUUUACCUACAAAUUAUCUUCUUUCCAUCCUGCCCCCGAUGGGGGUUUACUACUUAACUGCUGCUCCUGACUUGCUGACCCUCUGUCUAGGUAUUGAUCAAAUAAAAUUGAAGUUUUAUGGUGGCAGGGAAGAGGGGAGGACCCCAACUUUGCAUUCAGGAGGCUUGUUUGCAGUUUAUAUCUUACAGGCCUUUGUGAAAGCUCCUACACCUCCCUGAAUUUUGUUCCUUCAAGUCCUGAUGGAAAAAAGGUGUAGGGAUAUGUGAUAUAUUAGUAAAUUUGAAAUGAAAGGAAAAACUGACCCUCUUUUUUUUUUCUGGAAUUUUCUCCUAAGUAUCUUGCUUUGCUGGUUUAUCUUUUUGUUUUGACCUUUGUAAGAGUUUUCUUUUAGUCAUUACCUUGCAAGUGUUCUCAGAACAAAGGCCUCGCUCAACAAAGGAGGUGCUUUUAGGGUUUGGUUUUUAGCUGUUCAUGCUCAAAGUAGUAUAUGGCCUCUUUGUGCAUUUAAAAAGUAUGUGGAGUUUCUAGUGCAGAGCCAAACUUGUAGACGUUAAUGCUUUGUAUGGUGGUUGACUUCAUAGCUGUGGGCUUUAUAAUGAGGGUGAUUAAUUUGCAUUUGUGGGUUUUGGCAAGUUUUAGUCUCUUCACACACACACACACACACACAUACACACACACAAACUCUUCAGUUUUUAUGUUAUUUGUGUUACUACAGUAAAAGAUAUAUCAGUGUUUCCAUUACAAACCUCUAUUUUUAGGGGUUUAACUUGGCUAUACAACUUUAUUCUGGGCUUCAGUCCAGAAGUAGCUAAUUCCCUCUUCCAUACACAUACAUCCAUCUGACCCCUCUUCCAUUAAUGAAGUGAAGAUGAAUUCCUGCAUUCUCAAUAUUUAAUUUUUCUUAAAUUUUAUUUCUUUAAGCUGGGGAUUAGGGGUGGAGAAUUUCCUAAAUCAGAGCUUAUGUCAAAACAAUCUGUGCUGUUGUAACCUAUUUGUUUUUUUAAAAUAUAUUCUCUGUAAACAUCUCAGAUCAUAAUAUGACUGUCAUCCACAUUAGAAUUAUUCUUUUCUAUUAGGUUACUUGUAUGCAUUCAAAUUGAGUUUUUUGUUUGGGGGUUCUCUUACAAAGCAGUUAACUCUUAGACUGGAAAAACUGAAAAUGUUCUUCAUGUGCAUUUCUGAUAGACUGGAAAAAAUAUCUUUUAUUUCCUGGUGGAGUAAAUAGUCUCUAAAAGUCACAUGUUUUCAUCAUGGAAAUAUUUGAGCUAUCUUUAUAAUUUUAUUAGACUUGAAACAUUCCCUUAAAUUCUCCACCCAUUUAAUGGAAUAGUUACAAUUCAAACUGGAAACCCUAGGUGCUUAGUGUUGAGGUGUACUUGAUACUGUGGCCUUGGCUUAAGGAACUAUGUAUCCUUGACCAUAGUCAUCAGUGUUUGUGAUAAUGGUUGGUUUUGUGUCCAUGGUUGUAAAGCGUGUGUGUGUGUGUGUGUGUGUGUGUGUGUGUGUGUGUGUGUAGGGUCCACUAUCUCUUUAACUUACAAUACUUCAAAGUUGGAUGGUUUUUUAAACACAAAGGUGCUGGUAUGUAUCAUCCCCUGAACAUUGAUUUUCUGACUAGUAUGGAUUUCGCUUUGAAAUAAGUCCAUAUUUUUCAGCUGCCCUUAAUGACACUUUUUUCUGGUUCUUUAAAAUCUUUUGGAUCUAGACUCUUUAGACCAUAGGUUGUUUUUAACAUGCUGGAAAUGUUGAUAUGCUUGAUGGUUUAUUUACCCAGUUAAAAUUGUGAAACCAGUCUAUAAUGUAUACUAUCUUCUCCCUUCACUCCCUUCUCCCCUUCCCCAAGGUAUGGAGUUGAAUCUAAGAAGUGAAUUUAAUAACAAACAGUUACGUUUUACUUUACUUUCUAAAACAUCACUCUAUCUUUUCCUGACACUUUAAUUCCAAGAAGGAACAUUUUGGAUCAUACCCCAUUUAGGGGAAGUGUAAGAUAAUUAUAAGGGCUGUUUUAAUCUCAAGGAGAAAGUUUUUAUUGAUUCCCAUAAAGAAGCUUUGAUGGCAAACGAUUUUUUCACUCAUGUUGAUGCUGCUUCCAAGCUCAACCCUCGUUUAGCAGCUUAUUCUUGUGAAUAGUUUGGCUUCCUGUGGGUUUCCUUUAUUGAUGUUUGCAUGUAAAUAAAUAUUCAAUACAAAUUUGAAUUUUGAGCUCCUAGCUAGAUAAAGUCUUUGGUACUGCUGUACAUCUGAACAAGUAUGAUUGAAUAUGACACUGAAAGAUUUUUAAUAGCUUUUCUUGAUUUUACCUUAUUUAGAAGCAUUAAAGUAACAAAGGUGAAUUUUAGAACACUUUGGGUUUUCUUUCUUUUUUUUUUUUUUAAACAAGCUUCAACUUAGGUUUUAGGGUGUUUGAAGGGCCAGAACAGAAUUUGACAUGGGGGAAUUUUCAGGAAAGCUUUUUAAAAUGAUCAUAUGCUUGAGCAGACUUAUCUCAUGUGAGAAGUAUGGGAGAGAAAAGUGGCUUCUUUUACUAUGUAUGUCUGUUGUAAUAAGGAGUGAAUGUAAGGCUGUGUUAUUCUUUUUGAGCAUGCUCAGAGGCUGCAUUAAAAAAAAAAAACUACUUAUGAUUUGGGAAAAGAUGAGAAAAACCCAGGUUCUAUUUCUUUGUGUUAUCUUUAUUUGUUACAUACAUGUAGUCAUACAUAUGGUGAAAUGAACAAGAUAUAGUCAUUCACAAGGGACAGAAAUAUACUACAACUUGCUAGUUGCUUCAGAACUAGGGAAAAUUCAUGUUAUUCUGAUUGUAGGAUGUGAAACUUUUUUUCACAGUAUUAAAAUGGGAUUUGGGAUUUUAUUUUUUUUGAUGGGAGAAUAAUUUUUAGUUUGGAUCCUUGAAGAAAAAAAUAUACAUAAUUUCAGAUUUUUUUAGAAAAAAUAAAAAUGAUUUCUCCUUCCCUUUGUUGGAGGUGCUUGUAGAAGGAUGGCAGUUGCCUUGAAUGGACUUUCAACCAUCAAAACUCUUUCAGAAUCCUAAACCCAAAAAUUGAAACUUGAUUUUUUUUCCCUGAAAUCCUAGUUACAAAGUUCACUGUGGUGCUGACUUUGUGCGUCCAACUACUAUUAGAGGAAGCCUCUAAUGCAGCCCACCAUGAUGCCAGUUCAGUGACCUGAUGGUGACAUCCGUCUGAGCAUGCUCCGUGUGACUGGUGUAAAGCCCCCAUUGGGCAUAUGCUUUGUAUAUCAGGGUGAGGGGGGAGGGUUUUCUAGACUUGGGUGGGAAAGGGUUGGGUAUAGAAUAGGGACUUUUGUUUCCUUUUUUUCUUUUUGUUGGUGGGGUGGGGGGAAAUACUCAUUUUAUGCCACAAAUGACAAUGUAAAGAAUCCCCAGAAGUAUUUUGUGCGAGUGUGAGUGUGAGUUUUGAUGUGUCUUGACAAUUUAAACCUCUGUCUUCUGGAAAUUUGUGGAUUUUACUUUUUUCCCUCUGCAGAAUCAAUUGUGUUGUGUUGUUUUGUUUUUUGUUUUGUUUUGUUUUUUUAAUGUAAAUAAGAGCACUACUUUGUUUACCAUGAGCAUGUCUUCAUAACAAACCCUACAUAUCCUACUCCAAAGGGUUUUUUUUUUGUUUGUUUGAAUUCAAAAUAAGCAGUAACCCUUGAAUGGCACCCAAGUUAGCUAAACAUAGCUCAAUGAUUUGCAGGUAAUAUUUGUCUUGAAUAUUUGUCAUCCUUUUGGGGGCUUUCACAUAAUCAGUCCUAAGAACACCCCCACAAAAUAUUGUUCGCCAAUUCAGUUCCUCAUCUUUUUCCAUCUAGUGAAGAGAAAGGGAUAGAAGAGGUCUUCUAUGUUCUGAGACUAUGACAUCUUUUCCUACAUUCAGCAAUAUUGCUGGACAUAUGGUCAAAUACUAGAAGGUUGGGCAUUCUUGCAAUACCUUGACAAUGCUGACACCUUGCAGCAUGGUACUAAGGAAGUUAAGUUUGAAUGUAACUGCUUUAUUUAAAAAGAUUUAGAAUUUUAAAUAAAACAGGGUUGAAGUGAACAUGAUUUUGUUGACCAUGUUCGUGAAUUAUAGAUACAACAUGCAUUGGUAGAAUUGUGUGAUGGUCUUUUGUGAUACUUACUUUUACAUAUUUCAGUCUCUGUAUGUACCUGCAUAGGAAAAAAAAAAAAAAAAAGAACUCUGCUUUGCUUUUAUUGAAGGGGUUUUUAGGACCUUGUACCUGCUCCUGAGCUCUGUUUUAAGUAUGUGUAUCUUUUGCUUGUAUUUUGUAUUAAAAAAAAAAAAAGACAAAAACAAAAAAAGAACCCUUAUUGUUGAGCAUGUUGGCAUUGUUGCCUCCCCUCCCCUUUUUUUUCCCUCUUUUUGGAAUAUAUGAAGCAAGUUAUUCUUUUUCUGUAUCUUUUUUUUUUCUUUUGUAAACUUUUUUUUUGUUUUGUUUAAAAAUGGCUUUAUAAAAGGGCUUUUAUAACCCAGA